CACUAUUACACCACCAAUAGCCACAUUAAGCAAAAUGAAUCGUCAUACCAAUCUCAACUUUUUCUGUGUGCUCCUCCUCCUCUUCUUCAUUCUCUCUUCUUCCUCCUUCCUUGCUUCAGCAAAGGCUGAAGAUGAAGAAUAUAACUACAAAGAAGAGAGUGACAGAGGGCCAAAAAAUUGGUGGCGUAUCAACCCUAAAUGGAAAGCUUGUGGGAAUGGAAAACUACAAUCUCCCAUUGAUAUCCUUGACAAAAGGGUGCAGGUGUUUCCUGAAUUGGGUAAACUUCAAAAAGAUUACCAACCAGCUCCUUCUGUCUUAAAGAAUACUGGUCAUGCCAUCACGGUGAAAUGGAAUGGGAAUGCAGGGCAGCUUAACAUAAAUGGAACUUACUACAAACUGGUUCAAUGUCAUUGGCACACACCUUCAGAGCACACGUUCAAUGGAACAAAGUUUGAGCUGGAACUUCAUGCAGUCCAUCAAAACUCUAAAGGAGAGAUUGCUGUUAUUGGAAUAUGGUAUAAAAUUGGUCGUCCUGAUCGCUUGCUUUCAAAGCUUCUGAAGGACUUAAAAUCACUUGAUGAGAAGGACACAGAUUUAGGAGUUAUUAACCCAGGAAUCAUCAAGUUUGGAAGCAGAAAGUACUACAGAUAUGUUGGUUCACUUACAACUCCACCAUGCACUGAAGGUGUUGUUUGGACAAUAGUGAAGAAGGUGAGAACAGUCUCAAGGGAGCAGUUGAGAGCAUUGAAAGGAGCUCUUCAUCAUGGAUAUGACGACAAUGCAAGACCGACACAGAAUGUUAAUGGAAGAGAAGUUUGGUUAUAUAGACCUAAGGAGAAUGCAAAGACUACUUAGAUAUUUGUAUAAAGAUGUGAAGGAAUUCACAGAUGAAGCCUGAAGGAUAAGAGUGAAGCACUUGGAAUGAUAGGUGUUAUCAGUUAUGUUUUUAGUGUGCUUGUUUUUGCAGUAGUUGCUUUGAUUGGUUUCUGGUUUAAGGAGAUAGUGAUGAUUUGACCUUUUGUAUGAGGGACUCAUGCUUUGAAUGUUAUAAAUCGCAUUC